UUACACCUUGAAUUGUUUUGUUUGAAUAAAUAUCUGAAAAGAUAAGUAGGAAAUUAAUUAAAUGGAGGGCGCCCUAUUAAUGAUGUUAUCGUGGGCCUUUAAAAGUGUUAUCUUUUUCUCUACUUCAUCGGACUCGACAGGCAUACAACAAGUUCAGACACAUUCAUGAUAGGCGGCAAUCAAAAUUAUUUUAAUGCAAACUUCAGAUAAUUAAACUGUGCUGGAUAUAAAGAAAUUUUCGCAAGAUGCAGAUUAAGAAAUUGAAUAUUUCUGGUAAAUCUGAGUACGACAGGAAUUAUAAAUGGCUGGACUCGUUCAAGAGUAAAAGCUUCAAUCCCACAAUCGAGCAGAUAGCUCCCCCAGCAGGCUGUGAAUCAAUAGAACUGGGAACAGUGAUGGAGCCCCCACUACAGAGGAAGAAGCGCUGUACUGGUCCCCCUACCACACUAAGCACCGAUUUUAACCAGUUUCCAGACACCGCGUCCGAUGACUUUGCACUACUAGGACGGAAUGACAAGUUCAUGGAGAAUGUGAGGUACAAAGCUAAGAGCCACCACACAGCACCAGCCCGGGAGGCAUCUCCCCCCAAACAGCAGAGGCUGCAGGAAAAAGAAAACAGAAGGAAGGCCCCUAAACCAACACCUGCCCCAUUUGUGGAUACAUCCAAGUUCCGGCAGCAAUCCAAGUCUGAGGAGCAACAGCCCAGCACCCCCCUGACCCCCCGCAAGGAGAAGAACGAGAGCUCCAGCCUGUACAAGGAGGUCGCACUGAGAGAGAAGGAGGCGGCCCUCAGACAGAAGUUCAGUAAGCUGGACAGAGAGGGCGGGAGGAAGACGGCACCGAGCGCGCUCAGACAGAGCAAGGAGCAGUACAGUAAGACCAUCGAUGACAAUCGCAUGGAGUCGGCCGUCAAAUCCUGGGUCAAGGACAAAAACGUCGGCAGCAUGAAUGAGUUUGCCCAGACCAACUUGGAUAAAGGCAUAGCAGAUUCUGCACCUGAAGCUCCUGCUGACUAUGCUCUGAGAUACAAAACCGGGGUAUCAGUCCCACGACCUCGCAGACACAAGUUCUCUGAAUAUCAGAAGUCGUUUAGCUGGAAAGACGGAGCCAAAGCCUCGCCUGUGUUAGCAGCAGAACAGGCAGUCAUUGCAUCCGAGAGUAAAAACAAGGUUGUGUACAACAGUAACCCCGCCUUGGUCCCUCCCCAGAAAUCUUUUGUCAAGGACAGUGAAUAUGCGGCUCAGUUUAAGCAGUACAAUGCCAUGCCUGUCAGCAGUGAUGACCUCAAGGCCAUUCCAAGGGCAGAGAAACCAAGGUCAAAGGUCAAAAGGAGCAAGAGUACUGGAGCUCUGCGAGUGGACAAGAGACCAGCAGCAGGAAGUGGUCCCCUGAUCACCCCCGACAACAAGCGACAGACCAUUGAGUCUGAGCUCCAGGGGGAGCCCCAGGAGGCCCCCAGCUCGCCCCCUAUACACCAGGGAAAGCUCAAGCGACCUAGAAGUGAAUAUGCUUCAAACUUUCGAUCUCCCACCAAGUUCCAGUAUGAUGGGGCUUGGCAUGGUGCUGAUCCCCCUCACUUACAGCCCACUAGGGAGCCAGAAAAAGAGAAGCCUGUGAAGAAGAGUGGUCCUGUAGAAGAUUCGGCUCCCGCCUUGUCAAACUGGUUUGCGGAAGUCAUUGAACUGCGUCGUAAAGCUGCAGAGUAUAAAAAACGAGCCCAAGGAACUCACUUCUCUCGUGAACACCUCGUCCAGCUCAUAGCUCAACAGAAUCAAGCUUGGGACAACUUGAGUACCGCUCGCAGUGGGUCUAGCACGCUGUCAGCCCUCUCCCUCGAGUCUGGAGCCAGUGCCAAGCUAAGAGCUCAGGAGAGUGUAGAAAAGCAAAAGGAGACAAACCUUGAUUUGGAUAAACCAGUUCUUACAAAUAUAAAACAAAUUGAAACUGAGUGUCCUAUCAAAGAUGUAUCUUAUGAUUAUAAUAAGAUCAAAACAAUGUCGGAGGGAAAGGAUGGUUGCUUAAUCCAGCUUCCUCAAAAACUGGAAGUUAACGAAUAUAGGCUUCAGACCAAAAACUUAUAUCCUGAUAAAAUGGAAAAUAAAUUAUUUGAAAAGCAAAGCAGGAAAAUAGAAUUAUCAGAAAAACCACUGGUAAAGAUUGAAAACAUCGAUACAGAUAAUGAGACCUUAGACAACGAAUUAUGUAAGGGGGUCAGAAAAUCUAAUGACAAAAUGCAGCAGUUAAAAGCUGACCCCGUUGUUAUGGAGACAAAAUUCAACAACAAACUGAGACUGGAGACCAAGAAAGAAAGCACCAACCAUCGCAAUGUGAAAACCAAAUCUAAGAAAGUGGAGAUGGCAAAUAAGAUUGAGGAUGAUGUUUCGUUGAUUGCCCACGAAGGAUCAGAUGAAGAGCAAGGGAAACCAGACUUUGUACCAGAGAAACACAUGGACCUCACCACUAAACAGAGGUAUAAGAAGAGCCAGUCCAGGAAGAAGGCGUGGCAGGAAAUGGAUGAGAGCAGGGACUAUGGACAAGAUGACCUUUCUUUGAUGGUUCAGGAGGGAUCUGAAAGGAGAGCAAAAUCAAGAGGAAGGAAGAAGCAUAGGAGUAGGAGGGCUAGGAGGAGGGAGCAGGAGGAGGCAAGUGAGGUUACUCCAGAUUUCCCCUCAGACACUGGCCGGAUCCCCACCCCCAAAAUGAGAUCCAAGAGUGCGGGUGCCAGACACCACCUGGACAGGACCACACCCGUUGUGGGAGGGGCCAUGCUGUCCUCACCCCCCAGACCAGAGAAGAAGUCUCCAGUGAAAGUCAGCAGGUCUUGGUGCACCCCACAAGAUGUUUAUGAUGACGAAGUUAGCACAGUUCUUAGCAGUGACAGAUUUGAACCAGUUGUUGGACAAAAGUUAGCAAAGACAUACGAUGUAAAGAAAGGACCUUUAGCAACCACGCCCACUUUUGGUCUGGCAUCCAAGGACACCCACUUCUUGCGAGACGAUGAGGUCAGUGUGGACAAGCCGCUGGAGACCGUGUUUGUGGACAGUCCGGCCAAAGUCCGCAUGACCGGCAAUGUCUCAAGUGGAGAUGAAAAACCAGCCAGAAAAAGCAAGAAACCCACCAAGUUUGAGGCUCAGCGAACAAUCAAGGAAGGAUAUGGACAAACCUACAAUAAACCCAUGGUGUGGGGCAUUGACGGGGGAAUGACCAUUCCGCGGAUUGAGCCAGAUGACGAUGCGCUGUCAUUAUCCGUGAGAUCCAUCGCCUCUAGCUGUUCACUGGCCUCUGAAGUUUACGAAAGGGCCCAAAAACGGACUCAGGAAUUCUGGGGGAAAGAUGGGAUUGCAUCACGAUAAAACCAUAAACCAGUGUGCUAUACAAGCAGAACUGUGAUAUCUGAAUACCUUGUAGAGAUCUUUAUUCAUCAGCAGCUAGAGUUUAUUAAUCUUUUGGUAUCCGUCCAGUAUUGUCACAAUCCUCACGAUUAUGGUCCGACACUUAAUGAAUGAUAGACAAAUGAUACAUGUACUAGACAAAUGAUACUUGACAAAUGAUGGCUAGAGUGAAGUGAGAGAAUAUGUUACUGAAUUUUUACAAUAAUGGAAUGAUUAGAAGAACCAAAUGAAUGUGAAUUUAAAAUUAUUCUGGUUUUAUAUUAGCAGACAAUUUAUUAAUAGUUUGUUUUAAAAUGUGAGUUUUUUAUUUUUGUAUUUUAUGAAUGUAUUUUGUUUAUUUUAUCGUUGUUAGUUAUUUUUAAAUUUAGGUUUGAGCACAGGUGUCUAGAACUUGAUAGAAAUGCAUUUAUAUGCAAAAUGUACAUGUAUUUUAAAAGUUCUUAACAUGAUUUACUUUUAUGCACCCUAGAGUUUCAGCAAAAAAUUGUUAUGCAUCAUAUGCUCAGGAUUUUAGCAAACUUUUCUAUUAAUAGUUUAUUGUUAUAGAGUUUCAACUUAAUACAUUAAAUAUUAUUGAAUCUCAUCUUAGAUAAUUAUUACCUAAGGUUAUUGUUUAAACCAUCAUAGUUUUGCAUGUUGUACGAUUGUUUGUUUGUUGAUCAGUAGAUUUGGCUUGGAUUUCAUGGAUAGUAACUUAUGUGUACUCAUUAACCAAGUUAAGACUUAGAGAACAUUUGAAGUCUGUAGUUAGUUAGAAUAUUUGAUGAUAUACAAAUAAAAAUUCAUAACAAAAUCA